UCGACAUCCACAAAAAAAGGUAAAGCGAGUAUGGGGGCGGAUAAAGCGGCACUAGUAAAGUAAUAAAUAGCCUGCCAAUCUGCUCUUCCCUGGUCAAGACAAUUGUUCACCUCUUCAGAUGAGUUACGUGCGCUGGAAGGCUUCCACGAGCUGUCAAACCUGAUUAUUUCUAAACGAUGGGGUGCCGUGUCAUUCCCGUGUUAUUGUAUAAGGGGGAAAAGAGGGGGCCAGAGAAGGGAUCUCCUUUCCUCGCUCGAGUGCAAGUUCGACUCGAGCUGCCAUGCACUCCUGCGGUUGUUUGCUCAUCGCUAUCCUCGCUCUGUCGGCUGCGGCGAAACCGAUCGAGAUUCGGGCCAGCUCCGUUACUCUUUCUCUCGCGAAGAAACUCGACACGAGUGGUAGUGCCCAGUAUUUGGUCGACCAAGACAGAGCUCGGGCACAGGCCUUAAUCCAACGAGGAUUGAACACCACCAGCCAACAAAACCGCCGCGAUGCCACUGUUCCUGCAAGCGAAAGUCAGGCGGUUGUCUACGUCGCGCAAGUCAACUUCGGCAGUAGCACUACUGAAUACAACCUGGUCGUCGACACUGGUUCCUCCACUACCUGGGUGGGGGCUGGACAACCGUGGACACCAGACAGCAGCACUACGACCAAUAACGAAGCAUUAGUGAUUUAUGGCUCUGGCCAAAUGGAGGGUACUUUGUAUACCGGACCCGUUUCCCUUGGCAACGGUCUCACAGUCCAAAACCAAGGCUUCGCUCUUUCCCAUUUUGCGCAGGGUUUUCAAGGCUACGACGGCAUCUUGGGAAUUGGUCCAGAGGAUUUAACGCUGGGGACUGUGGUAGAAAACCCGACUGAGACGAUUCCCACCAUAACACAGAAUCUAAAGCAGUCGGGGUUGAUUAGCCAAGCACUCGUUGGUGUUUUCUUUGAACCUUCUUCGACAGACACUGCAGAGGGCGAGUUGUCAUUCGGUGCUCCCAAUUCCGCCAGGUACACCGGCCAGUUAACGUACUAUCCUGUCACUGGUACAAGCCCUGCGUCACGUUACUGGGGUAUAGACCAAAGCAUUACUUACGGCUCUACCACGAUUCUCUCUGUGACCGCCGGUAUCGUGGAUACGGGCACUACCCUUAUCCAUCUCGCAUCAGACGCAUUCAUAGCAUAUCAGACCGCUACAGGUGCUCAGCUGGAUUCACCGGCUCCGAUUGGCACUGGGCUAUUGUACAUCACCACUGAGCAGUACAAUCAGCUCCAAAAUCUCGAUUUCCACAUCGGUGGUGACACCUACACUUUGACGCCUAACGCGCAAAUAUGGCCUCGUGCUCUCAACGCAGUCAUCGGCGGGUCCUCUGACCUUGUAUACCUUAUUGUCAGUAAUCUUGCCACCCCCUCCGGCGUGGGCCUUGAUUUCGUCAAUGGCAUGUGCUUCUUGGAACGCUACUACAGUGUCUAUGAUACUGACCAGAACCGUAUUGGGUUUGCUUCGACCGAGUAUACUACCUCCACUGUUAACUAGAAGUAUCUGAUUGAUAUUUUAAUAAGGGCUAACCGUAGUUCGUUAAGUUCUACUUUCUAAUCUGCGAAACUUGCUUGGGAUAAUCCAACAACAAUACCUUGACAC